CCCGCCCGAGCCCGUCGCGCGCCCCUGUGCCGGCCCCCGCGGCCAGAGCGCGCCCACCUGAGCCCGCGCGCCCACCUGAGCCGGCGCCAUGGCGGAGCAGGAGAACCUGGAGUUCGGCAAGGCGGACUUCGUGCUGAUGGACACCGUCUCCAUGCCGGAGUUCAUGGCCAACCUCAGGCUCAGGUUUGAGAAAGGACGCAUCUACACAUUCAUUGGAGAAGUGGUUGUUUCUGUGAACCCAUACAAGGUGCUGAACAUCUAUGGGAAGGACACAAUUGAGCAGUAUAAAGGUCGUGAGCUGUAUGAAAGACCUCCUCAUCUUUUUGCCAUUGCUGAUGCUGCUUACAAGGCUAUGAAGAGGCGAUCAAAAGACACCUGUAUUAUGAUAUCAGGGGAAAGUGGAGCCGGUAAAACAGAGGCCAGUAAGUACAUUAUGCAGUAUAUCGCUGCCAUCACCAACCCCAGCCAGAGAGCAGAGGUGGAAAGAGUGAAGAAUAUGCUGCUUAAGUCUAACUGUGUUUUGGAAGCUUUUGGAAAUGCCAAAACCAACCGUAAUGAUAACUCAAGCAGGUUCGGAAAAUACAUGGAUAUCAACUUUGAUUUCAAGGGAGACCCUAUUGGUGGACAUAUCAAUAACUACUUACUGGAGAAGUCUCGAGUGAUUGUGCAGCAGCCGGGAGAACGAAACUUCCAUUCUUUCUAUCAGCUACUCCAGGGAGGUUCAGAGCAGACGCUGCGUUCUCUACAUCUGCAGAAAUCCCUCUCAUCCUACAACUAUAUCUGUGUGGGCGCACAACUGAAGUCUUCCAUCAAUGAUGCUGCAGAGUUCAAAGUUGUAGCUGAUGCCAUGAAAAUCAUUGGCUUCAAACUUGACGAGAUCCAAACAGUGUAUAAAAUUUUGGCUGCUAUUCUUCACUUGGGAAACUUAAAAUUUAUAGUAGAUGGUGACACGCCACUUAUUGAGAAUGGCAAGGUUGUGUCUAUCAUAGCAGAAUUGCUCUCUACUAAGACAGACAUGGUUGAGAAAGCCCUUCUUUACCGGACUGUGGCCACAGGCCGCGACAUUAUCGACAAGCAGCACACGGAACAAGAAGCUAGCUAUGGCAGAGAUGCCUUUGCCAAGGCAAUAUACGAGCGCCUUUUUUGUUGGAUUGUUACUCGCAUCAAUGACAUUAUUGAAGUCAAGAACUAUGAUACUACAAUUCAUGGGAAAAACACUGUUAUUGGUGUCUUGGAUAUCUAUGGCUUUGAAAUAUUUGACAACAACAGCUUUGAACAGUUCUGUAUCAACUACUGCAAUGAGAAACUGCAACAGCUGUUUAUUCAGCUGGUUCUGAAGCAGGAGCAAGAAGAAUACCAGCGGGAGGGUAUCCCUUGGAAACAUAUUGAUUAUUUUAACAACCAGAUCAUUGUGGACCUCGUGGAGCAGCAGCACAAAGGCAUCAUUGCAAUCCUGGAUGACGCAUGCAUGAAUGUUGGCAAAGUCACCGAUGGAAUGUUCCUUGAGGCCCUUAAUAAUAAAUUGGGCAAACAUGGUCAUUUUUCCAGUCGAAAGACCUGUGCCUCAGACAAAACCCUGGAGUUUGAUCGCGAUUUUCGAAUCCGGCACUAUGCAGGUGAUGUGAUCUAUUCUGUCAUUGGUUUUAUUGACAAAAAUAAAGACACUUUAUUUCAAGAUUUCAAGCGUCUCAUGUAUAACAGUUCAAAUUCUGUGCUGAAGAAUAUGUGGCCUGAAGGCAAACUGAGCAUUACAGAAGUGACCAAACGACCUCUGACUGCUGCCACCUUGUUUAAGAAUUCUAUGAUAGCUUUAGUAGACAACCUUGCUUCAAAGGAACCAUACUACGUACGUUGCAUCAAACCCAAUGACAAGAAAUCCCCGCAGAUAUUUGAUGAUGAACGCUGCCGGCAUCAAGUAGAAUACCUUGGACUACUGGAAAACGUGAGAGUGCGUCGGGCAGGAUUUGCCUUCCGCCAGACCUAUGAAAAGUUUCUUCAUAGGGUGUGGCGGGGCACCCUGGCCCGCAUGCGGUACAAGAGGACCAGGGCAGCUCUGACAAUAAUCAGGUACUAUCGACGCUACAAAGUGAAGUCGUACAUCCAUGAGGUAGCCGUACGCUUCCACGGUGUCAAGACCAUGAGAGACUAUGGGAAGCAUGUGAAAUGGCCAAUUCCUCCAAAAGUUCUACGCCGUUUCGAGGAGGCUCUGCAAAUGAUUUUUAAUAGAUGGAGAGCAUCCCAACUCAUCAAGAGUGUACCUGCUUCAGACCUACCCCAGGUCAGGGCAAAGGUUGCAGCCAUGGAAAUGUUGAAAGGUCAAAGGGCUGACCUUGGACUCCAAAGGGCCUGGGAAGGCAACUAUCUUGCUUCAAAGCCAGAUACACCUCAGACCUCAGGCACUUUUGUCCCAGUUGCCAAUGAACUGAAACGGAAAGACAAAUAUAUGAACGUCCUCUUUUCUUGUCAUGUCCGCAAGGUGAAUCGAUUUAGUAAGGUAGAAGACAGAGCAAUUUUUGUCACUGACCGUCACCUAUAUAAAAUGGAUCCCACUAAACAAUACAAGGUGAUGAAGACUAUCCCUCUAUACAAUUUGACUGGUCUGAGUGUCUCCAAUGGAAAGGACCAGCUUGUAGUGUUCCACACAAAAGACAACAAAGACCUCAUUGUCUGUCUCUUCAGCAAACAGCCAACUCAUGAGAGUCGAAUUGGAGAACUUGUUGGAGUCCUGGCAAAUCAUUUCAAGAGUGAGAAGCGCCACCUUCAAGUGAAUGUCACCAACCCAGUGCAGUGCAGCCUGCAUGGGAAGAAGUGCACUGUCUCUGUGGAGACAAGGCUUAACCAGCCAGAGCCUGACUUCACCAAGAACCGCUCAGGCUUCAUCCUCAGUGUGCCUGGGAACUGACUGCUGUGCAUCGGAGGCCUGGCCUGGGAGCACUCGGCCUCUCCAUGUCCCAUGUGCUCCACCUCACUCAGCAUCGAGGAUCCCAGCUAAUUGUUGCAUGCCGGCUAAUGCCACUAGAAAUCAGCUGCAAGGGUCCCACUGGGUAGGGCUCCUCUCCUGCCUUCCCUGAGGCGCUGCCCAUGAGGUCUUUCUGUUUGGCUUCUGUCUCUGGUCUCUCUUCUGUGCUCUCAACUUUCCAUAGCCCCAGAUGAGUAAAUCUAAGACCCUGUUGCCCUGUGCAGACCCCUGGGCUGACAACUCCUCACCUCUCAGGCAAUGGUACACUAUGGUACCUGUAGUUAGCAAAGGGUUAGGGACCAGCUGCUGCUCCCAGUAAAGUGGUGGGUGAGGGGAACCCAGGAUGCAGUUUCCCCAGCCAAAGACACAUUGCCCUAGAGGCAGGGAUCUGGCGAACAUGAGCAGAAGACUUAGUUCUGCUUUGUGAACCCCACUUGCCACCACUCCUCCCCCAAGGUUAUCAGUCCUCAGGGCCUAGCUCAGAGGUUCUCAGCACAACUUUCCAACCCCAUCAGCAAGUCAACGCCACCAAGUGAACAGGUUCACCUGUGGAGCCCAGCCCCUCAGUCAUGUUCAAGUGAAAGUCCCUUCUUCCCAGAGCCUACCCUGGGAGAGCCCUUUGCCAACAGGGCUCCAGGCCUGGGCCUCCUGGCCACUUCUCCCAUAGAGAGCCUGCUGAUGCUCCAAGGACCAUUUUAUUUAACCCACAGCUCACAUUGUGGUCAUCAACCUUGUUUUUGCAGAUUGCCAGAUUACUAAUCAGAUGUCACCUCUGCUGUAACCACACUGUCAAGACCUAGUUAAGGAAAUGCAGGUACCAGGACAGGGGAGCACUCUGUUCAGCCGUUCCCCUUUUCUAACUCCUCAAACUGUGCUUCCAACUCACUGGAGAAUUGAGACCAGGGCAGGAAUCAACUUACACAGGAACCAUGGGAGGUACAGCAGAGCUGCAGCAAAAAACGUGGGGCCCUGGCACUGCUGGCCAGGCCAGGGUGCCCACCUAAGCCAUGUACCAGCCCGAUGGAGUCUGACCCCCAACCUCCUGCCAGGAGAGCAUUACUGGCUUGCCAGGUUCUGCCCAGCAAAGUGCAUGGCUGUUGGAAUGGUCCUCCAGAAACCCCUCUGCCCAGCCUCAGCAGCUGGGGAUGCAGAAGCCUGUGGGCAGCCCAGGCCUGCUGGCAGGGGGCUUUCCAUGGAAAGCUCGCAAGCUCAGAGCAGACACCCUGGAAGAGCUGGCAGGGCUGUACAGAGAGCUGACAUUUUCUUCAUUUUCUGCCAGAUACUUCCCCUUCCCGAUUGUCACCCUGCCACCCCAACCCAGCAGAACCCACUAAGGGCCUGUGUGCCACCUCCUGUGCCUUGCCCAGGGCCUGAGUAUGGGGGCCCAGGUACCUGGUCUCAUAAACCACUUCCCAGGGCAUGGAGACAUUUGCACUGUAAGUGGUUUGUAAUGAAGACUCCUGCUGGCACCCUGUCCUCAGGAAUCCUCACCCUCCAAGCCUGGUCAGCUGCCUGUGCAGUGCAGAGGUGCCAACAGUCCAGGUCCACACGCUCUUGAUUUUGCCAAUCGCCAGUAGACACUAGUGGAACCAACUGGAACUUCUUUUCCCCUUCCCUCCAACUUGCUUUACCCUUCACAUGUUUUAAACACACCAAAGCAGAUCAUGCCAAAUGAGUUGCCAGUCAAGGCCAGAGCAGGGAAAAAGGAUGUGGACUCUUUCCCACCUUUUGAUGUAGACUGAAGCCCCUCAGCCCAGUGCCAGGGCCUCCAGCUGAGGCAACAGGACUGCCCUGUCCACAAGCACUUUUUUAUGACCUACUGCGAGUCAGUGUGUGGCCACUAAGGACAAGUUUAGGGUGUGAAUGAUCAUAGUACACCAUCAAGGCGCUGAGGGAAAAGGGAGACAGUGAUUGUAUGCAGUAGAGUGGGUUCUCUCGGUUUAAUGAGAUGCAGUUUUAUGGUUUGGUGCAUAUAUUCCUAUUUUCCAUUAAAUUAACUUUAUUUCUAAAGCAUAUUUUGAUUUACCAUCAAGAGCAAUAAAGCAUUAAAUCUUA